UUCCACUCUGCCACUGCAUCAUGUGCUGCUGCUGUUGUCAGGGAAACCCUUUACCGGUACCGGCUCACCUUCCACCGCUGGAUUUACACUGAAUAUUUUAACGGCCCCUGCUGCCCUCUUGUUAACCGUGUAUCUUUUGGCCAGUGUGUGUGUGCAGUAUACAGUCAGUGCCUGUGUGAUGUGAUUCUUCUGACAAGUUUGCAGAACAGGCCCAGUGAGGGAGAGAGAGAGGCGAGGAGGGAAAAAGGGAGGCUGCAGUAUAACACUAGUGACAGCAGCAGCAGCAUCUCUUGAGGAGUGAGGGGAGUCAAGAGGAAGUGCAAUCUUUCCAGCUUUCGACCGACUCGGUCUCGUGGAUUAAAAUCUUCUUUUUCUAAGCCAGACUACAAGAGCUCAUCCUCAGACUCGGUCGCACUCUUCUCACUCUGUCUCUCUCUGCCUGGCACUGCCGUCGUUGGCAGUAUUUACAUGGCACAGUGGGCAGCUGUGUUUGUCUCUCUUUCACCCUCAUCGUCUGUCUGAACUUCUUUAACUCUCUCCAUUUUCUCUCAUCUACUACAUUUUGUAAUUUCAUUUUCUUCCAUCCGUCUUACUCGUUCUGUUUUUUUCCACCUCCUUCUCUCUUCUUCUUGCUGUCACAGACCAGCAAUGUGCAGCCAGGGGAAGCAGCUGUUAGCAUUAUCUGUUAGCCAUCCUCACUGAGAAGAAGGUUUUUUUAGGGGUGACCCCCGUCCACCACCAUCCUCUGGCGUCAACCGCUGACCUGCCUCCCCCCCCUCCCACCCACCACUGCAGGGUGGGAUGGGCAGGGGCUGGGUGAGAUAGCCAGUGGGCUCAAGGGCUAUAGCAACAGGGCAGGCGAUGCCAGACUGUAAAGGACGAGGACAAGGAAGAGGUGGCGGUGGCGGUGGAGGUGGAGGUGGAGGUGGGUGCUCGCGGGGCAAGUGGAUGCUGAAGAAGGGAGGCAGCCGGUCAGCCAUACCGGCACUCUUCACCAUCAAUGAGGAAGAGGAAGGGCAGAGACGGAGAGAUGCUCGCAGGAGGAAGAAAAGAGCGUCUUACUCCCAGUACACAUCGGAGGAUGGUAGAGCAUCUUCAGCCACCUGCCCAGGCUCCUCUGGCUCCGGGCAGACCUACACUCCCACCUUGACCCCCACCCCCACACCACCCUCGACUCGCACCACCACCAGCAUCAGCCCCAGUAACAAUGCUGGCACCAAAACAGACUCGUUGCUCUACAACAAGAUGGACGAGAGACAGAGGUUAGCCCGUGAGCGCCGGGGGGAGCGUGAGAAACAGAAUGCUGUCAAGGAGGCCGAGUGGCAGGCACGUGAGGAGCGAGCCAGGCAGCACUAUGAGAGGCAGGUGGAGGAAAGGAGGAGGAGGCUGGAGGAGCAGAGGGUGAAGGAGGACAAGAGACGGGUCGCCGUGGAGGAGAAACGACGGCAGAAAAUGGAGGAAGACAAGACUCGUCACGAGGCGGUGAUACGCCGGACGUUGGAGAGGAGCCAGAGGACCAAACAGAAGCCCAACCGGUGGUCUUGGGGAGGAGCACUGCACACAAACACUCCCAGCACGCCAGCCGGUUUUGUCGAGUCGGCUUUCCUCUAUCCACUCGACCUUGCUGGACUGGAGCACAUGCAGGGUGCUUUCAGUCUCUACCGCAGAUACGGAGUGACCUCCCAAUAUGCUGACAGGCGGUCAGUGUCCACAAUGAAUUUAUCCAAACACACAGACCCCGUUAUUACCAAGCGCUUCUCCUACUCCUCUGCCACACUCCUACACUCACCAGACCGAGGCUUACAGAUGAGAACAGCCUCCUCCCCUGUCAUUAGCAAAGCUCAGUCCAAAUCCCGCCUACACCAGGGAAAGAACACCCAGCACAAAAACACAGGCCUGCGCCGCCAUCCGUUGACGACGUGGGAGAGCAACGUGGUGAACCGACUGCAGCAGCCAACGCACUCUUACCUGGCUCGCAGCCGCAGCGCCAUGAGUCUGUCUGGAGAUCAAACAGCCAUGCCUGUUUGUCCUCGCUCAGUGUCCUGCCACCCCAUGGGCUCCAUGUCCUUCAAAGCCCUGCAGGCCCAGCCGCUCCCUCACUGCCGCAGCCAUGAGAGGAACCUCAGCAAGGGGACGCUCUCGUCUUCUGCCACGACCACUCGCAGGAGGACCACCGGCACCACCGGCACCACGCAGAAGAAGGACCGUGACAAUGUCAGGAAGUCUUGGAGCAACCUGUCACUCCCAUUGGCUCCCAUUCUGACUUUGCCCCCCAACAGGCUCUCCUCCUCUUCAGGCAAGAGGAUCAGCAAAGUGACAGCACCCUCUCCUGGCAGGCCUCCACAAAAGCCAAUAGGGCGCCCCCCGACCCCCAAGCAGCUUAAGUCUCCAGGGCCGGAGGACCCUGGAAAUCGUCGUCCUUUCAAGAUCCCACCACAGAGCCCCCAACCCACCAGAGCCCCAGGAGAGGAGGAAGAAGAGCAGGUCCUCAGUCCUCCUCAGCCUCGACCUCAGCCGCUGGGUCAGAACAAGACCAGUAGUGAGCAGACAGCAGCCAGCGAGAGUGUUAGCAGUCCUCCAACCCAUAAGCCCUCAGCGGGCACCACAGAUGCAGAGGAGGCGAGUCGUAUCAUGGCUGAGAAUCGACGCCUGGCCCGCGAGCAGAGGGAGAGAGAGGAAGAACAGCGCAAACAACAGGAGGAGCAGCAGAUGUUAGCGAAAGAGGAGAUGGCUCGCCGUAAGGCCGAGGAGCGAGCAAAGAGAGAGGAGGAGGCUCAGCGUCAGGCGGAGGAGAUGAAGGAGGAGGAGGACAGAAAGGAGGAGGAGGACAGAAAGGUGGAGGAAGAGAGGCUUCAGAAAGAGAGAGAGGAGGCAGAGAGACUCCAGAAACAGAAAGAGGAAGAAGAGUCUCGACAGAGGGAAGAGGCGGAGCGACUGAGGCAGGAGAGAGAGAAGCACUUCCAGAAAGAGGAGGCUGAACGCCUGGAGAGGAAAAAGCGUCUGGAGGAGAUCAUGAAGAGAACAAGACGUUCAGACACAGCAGAGAAGAAAGUUGUUCCUACCAGGAAUGGAGACAAUGCAGUGACCCCUGCCGCUCCUAGUCCAUCUGCAGUGACGGCGUCACCGACACACAAUAGCAACGGUCGUCAACCUGAGCCCAACACCACCGCAAUGAGCCACCCUGACCAGAGGGAGAACGGGGAGUUUGAAGAGGUGAUUGUUCUGCCUUCACAUCCCAGGUUGUCUCCUCCUGAAGGAGAGGAGCAGCAGCAGCAGCAGCAGGAGGAAGUGAGAGUUCCUGUCUUAGCCUUCAGGGAGAACGGUCUCCUAAAGCCUCUGAGCGGAAUAGAGGAUAUCUCAGCCCAGCAGGGAGCAGAUGUUGCCUGAUGCCCUGUCAGACCGAGAUGAUCCCACACCCAGAGAGACAGGAAGUGAGAUGGCCAGAGAGAGAGGUAAACACGGAGCUGUUGGACUGACACACAGGAAGGACUCGCAGCAUCACAGCCAGACCUUUUCCAGGAGGUUUACUUCCUCACCCCUCCUGCGACAGAAGAGCACCGCCGUAGCCAUUUCCCCCAAAGAUGGCAUCUCCAAAGAUCUCCCUAAAGCAUCUGCAGAGAGAAGUUACUAUUCCCCUCAACAAACUCUCUGAGGAACAGAUCGUCUCUCUCUGUCUCUGACCACGAUCACACUCAGUCACAAUGCUCUGUGUACAGCCCCCAACUACCCUUUAUACUGAAGCGAAUGUCCUGAAAUCACAGGAGGAUUGAACGCCUACUCCAACUUGUGACUCUCGUGGUAAUGUGUGUGUGUGUGUGUGUGUGUGUGUGAAUGAAUGAGAGACUAAUAAUAAUAAUGUAAACUGAGAUCAGCUGUAAAGUCUUCAGCCAUGAUACUUGAAGAGAUUUUUUUUUUGUCGCUGUAGAAAACACACUGUUAUCAGAUGUGACAAUGUGAUAACUGGAACUCCACAGCACAACAGGCUCCGGAUUACAAGGUUUCAUUUGUCUUAAACUGGAACCUCAUAAUUCUCAAAGUUUUCCAACGUUUCUAUUGAAAUGUUACAGAAGAGAUGGGAUAUAGGAAUGAUGUCAGUGCAUGAAGUUGUAUUAAGACUACAGGAACGUGUCAUGUAAUAUAUUGUUGCUGUGUCUACAGCGUUUAAGGCUAGAGGUUAUUAUUGGGGUGAGGCCGGGGGGCGUUGGAGUAUCAUGGAGUUUAAGUUAAAUAAUGAAAAUACUGUUCUCAACUGAGAAUUAGGGUGUAAACUACUGAUUUUUUGUUUUGUUUAGUUUUAUUUAAUUGCUGUACAGAUGAAAUGUGAUUCUUUGUUUUGUCUUCGAUAGUCUUUCUGUUUAAAAUUGAGAUCUGCUUUUGACGUUAAAUCCUUUCAUUUGUUUCUCCUUUACAUUCACCCCCGUCAGUGCUGCAUCCUACGUCCUGUCACUGUCUGAACUCAGCCAGUGUUGGGAGGACUUCCGCUGUAGCUUAGCCACCUUGUGUCGGAAGCUGACUUUUGUUUUUUUUUGGCUAAGCAAAUACAAAAUGGAUUAAAAUAAUUUGCUGGUUAUGUUAAUUCUGAAAUAAUCUGAUUCUUUUUUGAUUAAGGAUUUAAGAAGAAAUGCUGCUAAUUUUGACGUUCCUUUGCCUUACCGCAUUGUUGAGAGAUUGACUCGUCUUCCUCGCUGAAAUGAAGAUUAUGCAUUCCCAGCUUGAGCUUUGACAUUCUGGCCACAUUGCCAUAACUCUCCAGUGGCUUCUGUUGCUUGAUUCAUGUUUAAAAGUAUGAAAGCUCAUAAUGUCCAGUUAUGUCCUCAUUGAUAGAAGUCAAACAAUUGGUCCUUUUAUACAGCUUUUCACUAAUGAAAGACAAAAAGAGGGGGAUUACAGUAAAACACUGGAACCAAAUAAUUACACUUCUGUGAUAUUCACUUCCAUCUUUUCCACUCAACUUCCAGUAAUGCUGCUUUAUUAGCAUUUUGGUUCUUUGCACGUAGUUUCCUCUUUGUUCAAAUCUUGCAGUACCACCAAAAACAGAAGGAAACUUCUCCAUGUGUUGGUUAUGUGGUGCUGGUUUCUGCCAGCAGUACAUAGCGCACUGUUCAACACGGUAACUUGACUUAGCUUGAAAAUAAAUUGUUUGUAAAUGACAUUAUACAUAGAAUACAUAUCCUGUAACUUAUGUUUAAAAGUCGAUAUAUUUUACUAAGACUGACGACGAGGCUUUGAAAACUUAACAAGCCCUUCACUUCAGAAGAGAGGGGCUGUGGGAUGAGAUCUUUGAACUACUGUAAAAGCUGAAAUCACUGUACAACUGUUGCAGCUGUACCGUUUGGCGAGUAAAUAAAACUUUUUGAAUUGAUUACCUA